CCAAUAUUUAUGUGAAAAAAGUGUGUCUACUGUACAAAUGUCUAAAAUAUGAUAUGUCUGGAAUUUAUUUUGCUAAGAUGGCGCCCUCUAGUUCAUGAAGUGUCAACUAACCGCGUGUCGUCCAUGUUCCGAAUGUGGUGUGACUUAUUUUUGUUUUGUAUUAAUUUUCAAUAUAGUAAUUAUAAAUGUGAAAUAAUACAAGAUGUGUUAUACGAUAUAGUGUAUAGUCGCUUCGGCUGAAUGGAUCCCUACGUGGGGUGGUACCAGCCCGAGCAGGAAGGACCCGCGAAGCGCUUAUGGCUUCGUAUCUGGGAAACCCAAAGUGAAACGGACAAAAUGAACCUCAAAAACUUAGAGAACGCUAACCCUAACGUGAAUAAAGCACCGGACUUUAUACCCUUAAGCGAAGUGAACGGUGAAAGUAGGAAUAAUAACUAUUUCAAUCCAACGCGAAGGAAAGCGAACGAUAACCGCGCAUCUACGUUUAACCUGAAUCAAAACCACGAUGCGCUCAUAGGUGAAUACGGGGGCUGCCCUUGGCGGGUGCCCAACUAUAACUACAAGCCCGGGAUACUUGGGCUGCACGAGGAGAUCGAGCACUUCUACAUGUACAUGUCGCCGACGGAGACGGAGCACCUGGUGCGCUCCACGGUGGUGAACCGCAUCCGCGGCGCCAUCCUGUCGCUGUGGCCGCAGGCGCGCGUCGAGGUGUUCGGCUCCUUCCGCACCGGCCUCUACCUGCCCACCAGCGACAUCGACCUCGUCGUCAUAGGCCAGUGGGAGAAGCUGCCGCUAUGGACGCUGGAGCGCGAGCUGGUGGUGCAGGACAUCGCGGAGAAGGAGAGCAUCAAGGUGCUGGAGAAGGCCACCGUGCCCAUCGUCAAGAUGACCGACAAGUACUCCGAUGUUAAGGUGGACAUCUCCUUCAACAUGAGCAGCGGGGUCAAGAGCGCGGAGCUCAUCAAGCAGUUCAAGGACAAGUACCCGGUGCUGUCGCGCCUGGUGAUGGUGCUGAAGCAGUUCCUGCUGCAGCGGGACCUCAACGAGGUGUUCACGGGCGGCAUCUCCUCCUACUCGCUCAUCCUCAUGUGCAUCAGCUUCCUGCAGCUGCACCCGCGCCCCGAGCGCCUGCGCCAGCCGCACAACCUGGGCGUGCUGCUCAUCGAGUUCUUCGAGCUGUACGGCCGCAAGUUCAACUACGUCAAGACCGCCAUCCGCGUCAAGAACGGCGGCUCCUACCUGUCCAAGGACGAGAUCCAGAAGGAGAUGAGCGACGGGCACCGGCCGUCGCUGCUGUGCAUCGAGGACCCGCUGACGGCCGGCAACGACAUCGGGCGCAGCAGCUACGGCGCCAUCCAGGUGAAGCAGGCCUUCGACUACGGCUACGUCAUCCUGCAGCAGGCCGCGGCGCCGCCGUGCGCGCUGCUGGCGCGCCACAGCGUGCUGGGCCGCGUGCUGCGCGUCACGGACCACGUGCUGCAGUACCGGCGCUGGGUGCGGGACACCUUCGAGCCCUUCUUCUUCCCGCGCCGCGCGCCCGAGCCCGAGCCGUCCGACGCCGAGCCCGACGCCGACGCGCGCGCCUCGCCGCCGCUGUCGGCGCUGCAGUGCUCCUCGCCCACGCCGCGCCGCGUGUCGGCGCACCAGAGCCUCAUCAUCCACCACAUCACCAGCAACUCCGACUUCAACAACAUCCCCUCCGGUGUGAUGCAGCAGCGCUACGGCAACCCGAACAACAACAGCAGCAACAGCAGCAGCAACAACAACAGCGCCGGCAGCGACAAGGGCCGCGCGCCGCGCUCCUUCACGUCCAAGCAGCGGCGCUACAACGGCUCCCCGCCGCAGCGCUACCGCGGCGACAGCGCGCGCCACAAGAAGCGGCGCCAGUUCGCGCAGCCGCGAUGAUACGACGCGCCGCGGCGCCGCCCGCCGCCCGACUAGCGGCUGCGGCCCGCGCAGAAGUGGCAUCGCCGCUGCCGACCGCGCAGUGCUCGCGGACAGUGC